AUGUUCGCGCUCGGCCAAAGUCAAUCCGUCCGUCUGAAGUCUCGGCCAAAGUUCCAAACCGACCGGCCGAUCACGCAAUCACGACCCGGGAAACAUUGUCCCGCGGUCGGCCAAGCCCAACGCUCACGCCACGCCACGCCGCGCACGAAUGCCGCGCGAGCCGGGAACAAGCCUCGCGGCCGCGCAACCCGUUCGCGUACCACGGCCGAUGCAUCCGUCCGAGCCGGGAAAGAACGUCCCACGUCCGGCCGAGAAACCAUCGGCCAAAUCUUCAUCCGUCCGACCACAGCCGGCCGACCGCGAAUCCGUCCGGCCCGACCGUUCCGACUCGGCCACGACCCGAUUGUCCGGCCGAUCGUCCCGACCGACCGUCCCAACGCCGCGGUCGACCCGAAGCCCUUUUUGAAGCCCAAACUUAUGUUUUCAAGCCCGGCUUAA